CACCAAACCGCGCGAAACCGCGUCCACACCUUUAACUAUGGCUCGACAACCACAAGCUCAAUCUCUAGCAAAAGAAGGCAGACUUCAGCUUGCUCUUGUCUUAAUUAAGUCUAACCCUUGUCUAUCAAUUUGUGCAGCUGCUGCAGCCUAUAACGUACUAGAAUCCACCCUCCAAACGCGCCUCUGUGGUAUCCUCCCAAAACGCGAGACAAUCUUGGUCAACCGCAAGCUAUCGCCUAUCAAAGAGCAGUCGCUUGUCUCCUAGAUCCUAGAUCUUAACCAACGCAGCUUUCCACCCUAUAUUAUUAACGUGCGU